CUCCUCGCCUCUGAAAUACAACCAAUCAGGGACAGCGCCAAACUACUUAUGUGUUAUGGGUGGGAAAUCAAACAGUUGUUAUCCAUCAGACACUGCAACGACAUAGAAGAAAUGAAGUUUGUUGUGCUGCUCUGUUUUAUCCUGCUACUUUCUGUCCAAACCCUGCAAGUGGUGGCUCUGUCUACAGAAAGUAAUCCACGUGUUCAAGGUGGACUCAUGGAGCCUGCCUGUGAUAGGUAUGAAGCAGGGUUUUGCACUAAGGAGAUGGAUCCAGUUUGCGGCAGUGAUGGGCAUACCUACACCAAUGAGUGUGUUCUCUGCCAGGAAAAUAGGACGAAGAUGAAGAAUGUGAAGGUGACCAGCAAGGGAUGGUGCAACUGAAUGUGGUGCACAUUAGUGUGUAAUAGACCGAUUCUAUUACAGAAAUCAUGCUUAUUCAAUAAAACUGUGAACAUUAA